GUAGUUAUUUUUGUUAUGACAACCCAGCAGCUCUGCAGACUCAGGUUCAAGGGGAUAUGAAGGUGAACACUGCUACAUUCAUGGCAUUAUAUGCCUGGUAUUCCUGGCCCAACGUGGUUCUCUGUUUCUUUGGAGGCUUUCUGAUAGACAGAGUAUUUGGCAUACGGUUGGGCACCAUAAUAUUUAGCUGCUUUGUUUGUGUUGGACAGGUGAUCUUUGCUAUGGGAGCUAUAUGUAAUGCUUUUUGGCUUAUGGAAGCUGGCAGAUUUGUAUUUGGAAUUGGUGGGGAAUCCUUAGCAGUAGCACAAAAUGCCUAUGCUGUCAGUUGGUUUAAAGGCAAGGAAUUAAACCUUGUGUUUGGAUUACAGCUUAGCAUGGCCCGAAUUGGGAGCACUGUGAAUAUGAAUAUCAUGGGAUGGAUAUACUCCAGAGUUCAAGGUCUGCUGGGCUCCACAGGUCACAGAACACUUGGGUUAACACUCAUGAUCGGUGGAGUCACAUGUAUCUUUUCACUCAUCUGUGCACUAAUUCUUGCUUAUCUGGACAAGAGAGCAGAAAAAAUCCUUCGUAAAGAGCAAGGGAAAACUGGUGAAGUGAUUAAGUUAACUGAUGUGAAAGACUUCUCGUUGUCUUUGUGGCUCAUAUUUAUAAUCUGUGUUUGUUAUUAUGCGGCUGUGUUUCCUUUCAUUGGACUUGGGAAGGUUUUCUUCAUUGAGAAAUUCAGAUUUUCUUCUCAAGAAGCAAGUGCAAUUAACAGCAUUGUAUAUAUCAUAUCAGCACCCAUGUCCCCUCUCUUUGGAUUCCUGGUGGAUAAACUUGGAAGAAAUAUUAUCUGGGUUAUGUGUGCUGUAGUGGUAACCCUUGCUUCUCACGUUAUGUUGGCCUUCACUUUCUGGAACCCUUGGAUUGCCAUGUGUAUGUUAGGAGUAGCCUAUUCACUGCUUGCGUGUGCUUUGUGGCCAAUGGUAGCUUUUGUUGUGCCAGAACAUCAGCUGGGAACCGCUUACGGCUUUAUGCAGUCUAUCCAGAAUCUGGGUCUGGCAAUUAUUGCCAUAGCAGCAGGCAUGAUACUGGAUUCUCGAGGGUACCUGUUCCUAGAAGUCUUCUUCAGUGCUUGUAUUUGCUUGUCCCUAAUAGCUGUGGUUAUGCUGUAUUUUGUGAAUCAUCUCACUGGAGGUGAUCUUAACUGGUCUGCAAAGAAAAGGGAAAAACUGCAAAAGCUAGCUGCAGCUGAAGCAGAAAAGCGUGAGGAACUCAGACAUCAAAAUGAAGAUGACUUGGCCAAAUUGAAGCCAAUAAAUGACUUUAGUUUAAGGAAUAGGUAUCUCUCCAAACUAGGAGCUCAGGUAUUAGUAGCAAAGCAGUUUUUCCGAAAACCUGCUUCUGAAGUGUCUUCUCAAGCAGUAUAUUGUGUUGGGUUCUUUUUGGUAUUUUUGAGAACUAAAUUUACCCCAAUGCUGUUAGAAAGGAAUCUAACCCAGAAUUUUUUAAAGAAAUUAAAAAAACUGAAGAGGUAGACUAAACCUGUCUUUCAAAUUAAAACUACUGGUAAGAUAAAGAAUAAUUAUAAAUGAUUUAUCAUUCUUUCAUACUUAUUUUUUUGCAGCUGCCUGAUAAUUACUCUUCCUAUUUAUCUUCAUUGGCACACAGGAGUGUGCUGAAAUAGCAUCUUCACAAGUUUGUCAAGAAAUGGAAGGGCUCUGAAGUUUACGUAGACAAACUUUCUUCUGCCAGUCAACUACACAUAGAACAGAAGUAGAAUAAUUUUUUGCAAUGUAAAUCCUAAGUGGGGUUUCUCGAAUAUUUUUGGAAUAUUGGUUAAGCUCUUGUCAGUUUCUCAUAUGGUAAUUAACUCCUCAUCUGGGUCUAUUUGAAUCUAUGUGCUAUCAUCAGCAACCACUUUACCUUAAAAAUGUAGCCAAUAGGUGGUUCCAAUUGUAACGUGAAAUACUACUUCAGACUUGAAGCAUUGAGUUUUGGCUUCUGUGCCAUAUACAAAACCAAAUCAUAUACUUAAGCCUUGGGAAACAAUAGCCUGUUCAGCCAUUGAACUAUUCUUCAUGUAGGCAUUCAUCUGGUCAUGGUACACUUAAUCCUGGACAUCCUUGUUAACCUCUGCAAUAAUUUUACUUUCUUUUACUAUGGAAAAUGUAACCAUAGAAACUGGCUACCUUUUUUUUUUAAAAUUGUCAACAAGCUUUAUGAAAACUUGGGAUUUAAAAAAAAAAAAAAAAUAACAUAGUGCAGUCUUUAAAGCCAGACUUAGAAGUUGCAUUAAUAUGUGGUGGUGAUGUUAAUCAAAGUUGAGCCAUUUUCCUGUGGAAAGACACGAUGCAGUUUUUAUAGCUCUUUACUCUAACUGACGUGUAACUUUCAAUCGGUGUAUGUUGGUGAAGUGUUUUUUAGUUUGUGCAAUGAGAGAAUUGGCUUUAGGAUCAACUUAAUUCCAAAGAUGUCAGCUCCCAUGUUUUCAAUGGAAGCAGACCUAUGCGUGCAUGUAAGCUGAACUGGAUCUUAAAAUCUCAUACAAUGUGCAUAUUUCUUGCGAAGUGGUUAGUAAUCUAAUUUUUGAGUUUUCUACCUUUGACUAAAUUUUCAAAGUGGUCUUAAUCUCAGCUAGGUUGUACUCCAACCUUUAUUGCUUAAAAUUUAUAACAGCAUCUGGAAGGCAGUUUUUCCUAAUAGAGUAGCAAUCUAUUAGGAAAAAUCUAACAAAUACACUUUUUUUGAGGAAGUGACUUAAUGACUCCUUCUGUAUCUUACAAACUUGAUCAAAGAUGGGACUGCCAUGGUGAGGUCUCAUGAAACGUAUCCAGUAAGAUAGUAUGCGACUUGGUGGCUUAUUGUUGAAAAUUAGCACUAACAAGUGUAAAUGCAAACUUUUUUUCUUUUGCGGGAAGUGGGGGGGAAGUCUGUACAUAAUCCACCUACAGAUAGCACAGUAAAAAUGGAUUUUGCAUGUACACUUAGAUGCUGAUCUUUUUUAGUAAAUAAAACUGAAUGGACGAGGCUCUUGGCUCUCUGUUUUUAAUGUAGCUCCUUAAGCACUUUUGUGUAGUAGUCCGUUGACAUGAUUGCUGUCUUCUGUGGAGGGGAGGGCUUGAGGAAACUUCUCCAGGAGAAUGAGAUCUGCAGUUGAGGGGUUCUCCCUCUAAAGAAAUCAUGGAAUUUGUCUCUUCUCCCGCCCCUGCAAUCUCAUGCCUCUCUGCUAUCCAUGGCAGUACUGUAUUGGUGAAGCAUGGGCCAAGAAAUAGUUAAGUUUCACAAAUGACCUGACGUCUCAAAGGGGUUGCCAUGUUAGUCUAACUUUAAAAACAAGUGGUCUUGUGGCACCAUCGAGACUAACAAAAUGGUAAUCUAUACAAAUAUAUAUUUUAAUAUUGGCAUCCUGUCCAAAUUCCCUCUGGUCUUGAAACUUUUGCUCUGAACACUUCACCAUGUUGCUAGCCUCUGUUAAAGUCCAGGCUACUGGGUAUGAACCAUCAUGCAAGCUAGAUUAAAGCUAGCACAGUUAUAGUGACCUCUGAUGCAGUCCCAUCUUUCAUUGCAGUGUGGAUGUACCCAAAAAGUGCUCUCCUGUGUUUAUGUAAUGUUGUCUCAACUCAAAACUCCAGGUUUCCAGUCUCAGUUCAAUGAUUUAUUCUGACCUUUCUCUUUCACUGUGUUAUAUGGAGCUUUGGUCUCUCAUUUAACAGUGCUAAACAUUGUUUGGGGUUAGCAUAGGGACCUCAGCCUGCUUACUUCUAUGACAAAGACCCCAUUAAAAACCCUUUUAGCUCUUUUAUUAAGGUACAUGAGGGGAGUGGAAAAAGAAAAGCCACUUAAUGGAUUUCAUUUUAACCUCUCGUUCACUUUAGCUGAAAACUGUUUUUAAGAGAACCCCUUGUUUGCUUCUAAAUGGCAGGAACUAUCCUUUUUGUGUGUGUUGUGGGGAGGGAUCAGUGGAGAAGGGCUAGUGCUGUAAUAGUCCGAUUCCAGUUCCUGGAUGAUAAAGCAAGGCACAUUAUAAAAGGGGAAGAGAAUGCAGUUUCUGUCCGAUUCUCACCUGCUGUUGAAAAACUUAGGCACAGCACUGUCUUAUCAACCACUAGGAGAACUGACAAUGGUCUAUGAGACUCUUGAGGACAUUGCACUUUUUGCUGCUCUUCUGGUCAAA